AUGGCCAAAGAAUUCGUGUACCUGGACAGUGAUGAGAUCUCCGCCGUACGCACCGCCGCUAGAGACAGGAAGAUGUACGUGACUUUCUUCGAAAAGCUCACUUGGUCAAUGGGCGAUGGCUACGGUUUGAAGGUGGUUGAAUGCACGCCUUGCAGUACAGACAAAUCCCUCGCCAAAGUUGGAGCACUCAUAUGUGGGGAGAAUACCAAUCCCUUAGCCGUUAAACAAUGA